GAAUCUUAAAUUUUUUAAAUGCGGUAGAGAAACAGAGAGAAGUAAAACAACGUGAAAUAAAAAAUAAAAAACGUGCACACGCAUCCCAAUUCUAAUCGGGUUGCAUUGUUUAUGUUACAUAUCAAUAUUAAGAUACUUAACUUGGAUUGAGUUUAUUGGGAUUGACUGAAAUCCGCGCAUGUAAAUAUUGUUUCUCUCGGAACACACAAUGGAAAUAUUCAAAACUAAAGCAGUCACUGGUUAAUUUCAAAAAAAGAAAGUCAUACACAUCUGGGAGGGCAUGAGGAUGAGUAAAUAAGCUGCUCCUCCAUACCACACAGCGAUCCUGAUUCACAUCUGCAGUGAAGCCACUCCCACAGCAACUCACCAAUUAAUGCUGUGAAUAUUUACAUCAUCCAACAAAUGAAGGAAGAAAUAAGGUGGAAUAUAAAGAGGAAGAAUUCCAAUUGUAACCACUGAAGUCUACUGACAUAAUAUUGCAAAAAUGAAGUUUUUAAAAGAGGAGUUUAAAAAGGAGAGUGAAGACAUUAGUAUUACAGAACCAUGCAGAAUGAAACAUGAAGAUACUGAGGAACAAAGAGACAUGAUAGAAGUAAAAGAAGAAUGUCAAGAACUGAAUGAUGUGGAGGAGAAACACCAUCAGUAUCAUGCAUUUGAUAAUUUCAUGACUGGAGAAGAUUCUUUUAUUUGCUCAAAGACUGAAAUUAAUUUCUCACAGAAAAUAGCUCAAAGAACAAGAGCCAAAAAAUCUUUCACUUGCCAUCAGUGUGGAAAGAGUUUUGCACAAAAAGGAACCCUUAACACUCACUUAAAAUAUCACACUGGAGAGAAGCCUUUCACCUGCCAUCAGUGUGGAAAGAGUUUUGUGCAAAAAGGAGAUUUAAAUUGUCACAUGAGAAUUCACACGAGAGAGAAAUCUUUCACCUGCAAUCAUUGUGAAAAGAGUUUCACACACAAAAAAAACCUUAACACUCACUUAAAACGUCACACUGGAGAGAAGCUUUUCUCAUGCUUUCAAUGUGGAAAGCGUUUCUUCUUUAAAAGAGGCCUUAAGAGUCAUAUAACAAUUCACACUGGAGAGAAGCCUUUCACAUGCUCUCAAUGUGGAAAAAGUUUCAGAGAUCGAGGAAACUUUAAGAGUCACAUGAGAAUUCACACUGGAGAGAAAUCUUUCACCUGCCAUCAGUGUGAAAAGUGUUUCAAACACAAAAGAAACCUUAACACUCACUUAAAACGUCACACUGGAGAGAAGCCUUUCUUGUGCUUUCAAUGUGGAAAAAGUUUCUCACUUCAAAAAGAUCUAAAGCGUCACAUGAGAAUUCACACUGGAGAGAAGCCUUUCACAUGCCAUCAGUGUGGAAAGAGUUUCAGAGAGAGUGGACACUUUAAGAAUCACAUGAGAAUUCACACUGGAGAGAAGCCUUACACAUGCCAUCAGUGUGGAAAGAGUUUCACACAAGUAGGCCAUCUCACAAUUCAUCUGCAGUAUCACUCUGGAUUAAGGCCGUUUAACUGUGAUCAGUGUGGCAAGACAUUUACAGCGGCAUCACAUCUAAAGGUACACCUGAUUACUCAUACUAAUGAGAAGCCUUACGUGUGUUCUUUUUGUGGAAAGAGUUUCGAUACAUCAUCAAACCUGAAAGUACAUGAGAGAGUGCAUACUGGAGAGAAGCCAUACCACUGCACUUCAUGUGAGAAGAGUUUCAGCUCAUCAAGUAGUCUAAAGACUCAUUCAAAAAAGUGUGGUCCAAAAUUGUCAUUGUGAACAUAAUUCAUUAAUUUCAGGAUCAACAUUUAUGUACAGUAUUUAAUGUAACAACUUCAAUCAGUUUACUUGAUAGUUUGAAAGUCAUAAAUUCAUUAAAACACCAAAAAGGUUAGGGACAGGAAAAAAUCAUUUUCUUAAUUAGUAUUUUUGAAUUGAUUUACAGUGAAAAUAUCCAAUCAUUCUUAACUUCCUGAGGCCCAGGUGAGAUUAAUGUGUGCUUUUUCCAUUUCCCUUUAUGAUUUGUAACUAGAAGCACCUGGUUACCAUGCAAACAAAGCAGUUUCUUAGAACAGCAAAUUGUUUUCUUAAAAAAUGUGUCAUCUCAUGGGGACAGCUGGUCUAUUUUUUGGAAUUUUAAAUUAGGCAGAGGCUAUUUGCACUAAGUGUAAAAAGCAUCAAAAAACAUCUUUGCACUCUAGUGCAAAUAGUGGCAGAUACUCUUACACCCAUUUAAAUACAAACACACAGUAUAGUGGCAUCACUGCAGCAUUUUUAUUGGGUUUAUUUGGAGUCCCACAGACACCCUACACCAACCCCUACCCCUAACUCUACCUUACAAAAAUUAACCAUGGUUUUACUACAGUAACCAUAGUGUCACCAUGGUAUUUUUCUAGUAAAAUCAUAGUAACCACAAAAUUAAACAUGUUUACUAUUAACUACUAUUAACAUGUUACUUUAAUAACACCAUGGUUAGUACAUCAGAACCAUAUAGUUUCCACCAAAACACAUGGUUACUACAAUGUUACUACAGUAAAACCACAGUUAAUUUUAUCUGGAUCAAAUGCUUCUCUCAACUUCCUGACCAAAUCACUGUGAGGAAUCUCUUUUAUUUAUUACUAUAUAGUAUUAUAGGAAAUAUUAAGAGUAGAGACAGAGAAAAAAGUUUGUCAUGGGGUGGGAUUCGAACCUGGAUUUCCAGCUUAACAACACAUACACAUACUGUCGUUUCACCCAGAGCUACUAGAGCUGCACAUGGGGGCGCAGUUUGUCGUAAAAUCCUGUGUUUCCACCAGACUAUUGGAGCGUAAAUAGUCACUUAGUUAUGCAAUCUCUUAAUCCACUAAAUGUGUAACCCGUUAACCAGUUUAAUGUCUCUGCCCCAUUGCGAAAAAUUCAAAUACGUCCACCUUCAUUUGAUCAGCAGUUGACCCCGAAUAAAUCUGUCAUGGCUGUCUUGAGUUUGGUCUGAGCAGUGGUGGGUGGAGUUAGUGUAAAUAGCCUCUGCCAACAAGAUGAGCUACUUGCACUUAGUGUAAAUAGACAAUCUGUUGACAAAUGGUUGGCCUGAGUUAAAGCAAGACUGUUCGCGAAUUCUGGAACUGUAGAGCUGAACUGUCUUUAAGUGAUGGCACUGAAUACAAAGGAAACAAAAUAGUGAUUCCGAAAAGCAUCAUGCAAGAGAUGUUGGGCGAAAUCCACAAAGGGCAUCUAGGGAUUGAAAAGAGUAAAAAUAAGAGGAGCACACAGAUUCAUGUAUUGGCCAAGAAUUAAUCAGGGCAUCAUAAAUAUCAUAUCCAAAUGUCCUACCUGCAUCAAAUACCAACCCAACAGUCCUAGAGAGCCUGUACAUCCUGUACCAGAGACACCGAAUCAAAAAGUGGUUACAGGCCUCUUUACAUGUCAUGGUAUCUCAUAGACACUUAUUACCACUUGUUGUAUUCAGAGGUGUGUUUUAAACAUGACUACAGCAGAAAAUGUAAUCCUAUGCCUGAAGUCUGUCUUUGCUAGACAUGGCGUUCCAGCCGGAGUAUUCACAGACAAUGGCCCCCAAUUUGCCAAUGCCAGUUUCACAGCCUUUUCAAAAGAUUAGGACUUUUUACACACCACAUUGAUCCAGUGGCCUUGAGGAAAAAUCGGUGGCAGAAGUAAAUCGGCUGAUGCAAAAAUCAGAAGAUGGUGGCAUUAGUUUUUACAUGGGACUGCUUACUCUAAUACACUCUUAAAUGUGGUUACUCACCAGCUUGUCUCCUAAUUGGAUGACAUCUUCAUUCUAACUUACCUGUGACAGAGGAUCUUCAUCAAACAGGGGAAAGUGAGAAGAUGAGAAAGAACAAAGAACAACAAAAAGCAAUGCAAAAAUCUACUACGAAAGAGGAACUCUUCCUCUGCCUGAGCUACAUGUUUGUGAUGAAAUUAGAUUCAAAGACAAAUCCAGUACCUGGAAUCAGUGAAGCACUGUGAUCGAACGGAUGCAACCAAGGUCUUACAACAUCCAAACAAAAGAUGAUUCAGAAUAACUUGAAAGCAGCUAAAAGUCAUGUUGAAAAGAUUGAGAGACCGGUCAGAACAUCUGUUUGUGUACCGAUGUGUCCUGAAAGACUAAUCGUGUCAUGUUGAUAUAACUGAAAAAUCGAAAAAUGUAGAUUCAUUACUUUGGUAAUCUAGAGAUGUUUGUUGUACAAUGCUGUUAACUUGAAAGUUUGAACGGAGAAGUAUAACAGUCACCUGUUCACUUAAUUCAUUGUUGUUCAUUAAUGUAGACAUUAAUGUUUUUACCUUCAUUGAGUAUUUAAUGCUUAGAUAAAUAACUGAAAACCGUAUAAUCAAACGAGAAACACUAGAUUUCAUUUUGACAUAUUCAGCUAUUCCUUACAAACCUUUAACUGUGACAGUACUUUAUGGCUGUAAUACAGUCAAAUACAUUAUACAUACUUAUACACAUUGGUUUGUUCAGUCACACACACACACACACACACACACACACCCAUGAACAUUUUAUGGCUUUGAAAUACUGUCACAGUUUAAGGUUUGUAUGGAAUAGCAGGUGCUGAAUUUACACAUCUCACACAUUAUCACAGCACUUUCAUAAGCUUUAUACUGAUAAUUCACCUAUAAAUGAAAGUUAUGUUGUUCUAAAGCCAUAUGACUAAUGUGUUCAAGGCCUUCUUUGUUGUUCUUCUCACCAUUUUUCAAUAUUUAUUGGGGUUUUACUGUGCAAAUGUUUUUAUUCGUCCUAUUUUUGGUAUUAAUUGGUGUUUG